AUGAAAUGUCUAUCACUCCCUCUGAAUGUGAAUAAGAUCAGUGUAACACGAAUCUACCUUGCUCUAUGCAACUGUCUUCUGAAACAAUCCUCUCCGACCCUGAACAACCACUUAAAUAAGCGGUUCUUAAAUAAAUCAAUCCGUAGUGAAUGGUCCAUCCCCACAAAACCAAUCCCCAUUGAAGACCACACCAAGUGGGACUUCUCUGAACGUAGCCUACAACGGUACAGCCGCCCGGGAGGGAGAGCGAGCUCUGGGGCGGACGGGCGAGUGAAGGCAGCCAGAGGAGGGGAGCAGGCUGACAGUUCCCCCAGCUUCCGCGGCGCGUGCGGGGCCGGGACUGGCGACCGCCACAAUCAGAGGGUGCGAGCUGGACCCACCGCGGUAACGGGUCUCCAGGGUGGGAGGAUGGUUGCUGCUUGUCCGCUGCCGGAGCCUCCCUUCUCGCAGCAGAGGACGGAGGGCGCGCGCACCGGGAAGAACAAAGGAAGGGGGGCCCGGGACCCCCGGGGGCGCAGGUGGGUGUGGGGGCGGCGGCCGGGCGCGGGGGCGGCGGGGCGCGCGGGGCCAGCGGCCGCGGGAGGCGUGAGGAGGGAGGCGGGCUGCGUGGGGCGUGCGGCCGCGCGGGGCUCGGGGCGCGGAGUGUGGACGUCCGAGUGCGCGCCCGUGCGCCGCCGUGGAGCGCUGGCUGCUGCGCUCCCGGCCCCGUCUCGCGGCGCGUCGGAGCCGGCCUCGGGGCGCGAGAAGCCAUGGGGCGCACAGAGCGGCUCCGGGGAGGCUGGCCGCGGCGCACACGCAGCCGUGGGACUCGGCCUGCUCGGCAUCCGCACUGGGCGCCUGCCUUCAACCUCCUCGGGGGACCGCACGCAGUUCGCCACAUCGGGGAUCCGGCGGGAGGAGUCUAAGAGGAGGAGGCGGCGGUGCAGGAGGAGGAAGAGGAGGGAGGGAAGAGAGAGGAAGACCGGAGUCCCCGCGGCGGCGGCGGUCCGGAGAGAGGGCGAGCCCCGCGCGGCGCUGGGGACCGGGCGCUACCACGAGGCCGGGAGGCUGGAGUCUGGGGUAGGAGGGAGAACGGGCACGGGCGGGAAGAGGGGUCCGUCAGUGGCAUUUUUAGCUUGCACCCUGCCACGCAGAUUCUCUCCGGCCGGAGGGGAGGAGGGUGGAGGGAGGGCGGGGAAGCCUCGGUUUCUCUGCACGUUCGGGAACGCCUUCUCCCCCUUCAUUCUCCCAUUCCUAGUGUUUUCCCGCUUCUCCCCGGGCUCACCUGUUUACUUCCGUCAGCUAGAGCUCGUGGUUUUUUUAUAUAGGCAUGAGAGUCUGUUUCUUUUAUUAGAAACAUUAUUGGGGAGAGGGAUGCUUUGCUGUAAUUUGUGCUGGUCCAGGUCGGUUUUCAGGAAGGGGGAGGGGACUUGGCGGAGACGCUGGCUCCUGGCCGCAGCUGACCCCAGGGCUUCUCCCUGCCUUCCUGUGCGAGGAAUUCUUUCCCUCACUCUGCUGCCCGUACGCCAGCUGCCACCUUCCUGGAGAAAGACCACACCUGUGCUUAUCCCUGCUUUGGAGGAGAGAAAUGAGAGUGAAGUGAUUUCUGAUUUUUCCCCUGGGAAAGAAGAAAGAAACCCUUCCUCGUACAGCUGCUCCCAUGAGAAAAAGUUCAACAGAAAACAUAUUAAAUUCCCAUUUCCCAAGACUCUCAAUCACAGUGGUAAGAAGCAAAGGGACGACACUACAGAGGUGUCUGGGAAACUCAGGCUGAUUAAAGGUAUCCUCCUUGACAUGCAGGCUCUGUGAAGGAAAGCACACCAUAUAAAUCCUUUUGGACUGUUUUUUGGCUAAACCCUCAGAUUUAUACGAAGAACUAUUUUAAGUGAAUCAGUGUGUCUUUGUUUGCAUCUUCUGGGAUUCUGAAGACUGCAGCCAAGGAGCUAGUAAGGCUGAGAAAUGGAUUGAGCAUUUAAUCAGUUGAAUACUUCCUUAUGUUUUCCUGGUGUGUUCUCAUAACAAGCGACCUUAGUCCAACUCCUAGUAACACAUGAUUGUGGAAUGUGCCCUUCUGAGAAAUACUGCCUUAUUUUUUCAUCCGAGCACAUUGAAAAUCUCUGAAAAUGUAGAUGAGCUUGUUUGGACAAUGGUAAUAAUAAUAUAUG